UUCUAUCCUUGAAGAUUUUUGCACAUCCCUCGAGCCUUAGCUCUUGGAGGGAGCAUAAUAAAUACCACGCUACUCACAGUCAUUCCCAAGGUUAGAACAUCAAGCCUGUCUCAUAUUCCGACAUGUUCUCUACUGUUGAGUCCAUAGAGCUUACUGACGGCCUAGUCCGAUUUGAUCCGCUUCGCCCAUGGCUACCUGGCCCCCCUCCUAUAAGACGCCAGAUACCAGUCCAAGAAGUCGACGACGGAUACAAAAAAGAAAGCAGAGCACCACUUCAUGUUCCCAUUAACACAAUGAGAUUGAGCUCAGCGCUUGAGCUAAACCGCUACUCCGGUAUGGGAAAUCCCCUUCAGCCAGCGUAUGUCUUCCAUGGAUGCGGCAACAAAGUAAGUUCAGCGAUACUUGAAUCUUUCAGCAAGUGGGGUCCAUCCAUCCGAUUCUCGCGACCCAGGGGCUACUUUUCAUGCUCACCAGCCGUGUAUUGGACGAACUCCCUUGCUUUUGCUAUUGGCUGGUGUGCAUUCACCGAGACGGGUCAGUGGCUACCGAAGUUGAACGAACGGGAGCAGGAUUUCGAGUGCGUGGUCUAUGUGUCGAAGGUGAUCAUGGGUGAUUUGGAGUCCCCUGCAGGAACCUGUCUACUCUCACCACCGAGUACUGAGAUUGAGGAAACGGAUUUGGUGAACUGGUGUAACCAAAAUGUAGCCAAGUCUCCUAGGAAGGGAAGAAUACCUCCUCCUGGUUGUGUUAAUGCUGAGUGGAGUAUUAUCGGCUCCCGAAUUCCUAAGCACACAGUCGAUGGACUCGGCACAGCGAUGUCAGAUGAGGCAGAGCUUUUUAAAGGGGUCGACGUAAGCCAGAUCUGGAUCUAUGCUGCGUGUGACGAGUCUUCAAGUGUUUCGAUGGCAAAUCUUGGUGUUGAGAUAAUUCACGUGACAAACAAAGUAAACGGAUGUCAAUGAUACGCAGGACUGGUCAAUAAAGCAUGUUUCGCAGCGUCG